AUGGAAAACAAAAGCAGUACUACUGCAACUUCGAAGAUAAAAAGAGGGCCAUGGACUCCUCAAGAGGACAAGAAGCUUUUUGCUUUCAUUCAACAACAUGGCCAUGGAAGCUGGCGUUCCUUGCCCCAAAAAGCUGGUUUACAAAGAUGUGGCAAGAGCUGCAGGUUAAGAUGGAAAAACUACCUGAGACCUGAUAUUAAGAGAGGAAAUUUCAGUUUGCAGGAAGAUCAGACCAUCAUUCAGCUUCAUGCACUUUUAGGCAACAGGUGGUCAGCCAUAGCUGCGAACUUACCGAGGAGGACAGACAAUGAGAUCAAAAAUUACUGGAAUACACAUUUGAAGAAGAGGUUAGCCAAGAUUGGGUUUGACCCAGUAACCCACAAACCCAAGGCCAGCAUCUUCGGCUCUGGUAAUGGCGAUCCAAAGAACCUUUCAAACCUCAGCCACAUAGCUCAGUGGGAAAGAGCCAGGCUUCAAGCAGAAGCUAGAUUUGCGAGAGAAGCAAAACUACUCAAACCUUCACCACCACCGGCACAGUGCCUUGACUUCAGUUUAAGAACAUGGGAAACCCUAAUGAUGUCAAAGCCAUUACCCCCUGCAGGUGGUGUAGGUUGCGGAGAAGCUCGUGGUGUUCGUUGUGCCAAUAGUGUUGCUCAAGAAAUUGGUUCAUCCGGUAACCAUGAUGGUGUACUUGGUAAUAGGGGUGGACAGUUUGAAGUUUCACCUUUAACCAUGUCAGCAGCUCCGGAUUUCAGUGAUGCUUCAGAGGAGAGUGGUAUCAACGAAUAUGGUGACCUAUUCGACGCACUACUACUCCAACAGACCUGUAGUAAUACAGAGUUUGAUGUCGUGGAUGCUUGGACUUUGGAACAAUGUAAUGUUAUCAGUGCAGACUAUCAAAAUGUGAUCAUGAGCGAGGGAUUGACAAACUUAUUGAGCUUGCAGCAGCAGUAA